ACCUCAAUAUUUCCUAAACCCAGCAACCAGAAAGAAUUCCUGAUCAAAGAAUGGCAAAAUUAUCAGCCUUGAUCUUCCUGAUCAUACCAGGAGUAGUACUAAAGUACAUGAUUUGGAGUGCCAUCAUAUCUAACACAGCUUGGGCUUGCACUGCAACAAAGCUCACAACCUCACCAAAAUUUCCUGCCUUUCUCAUCUUUGGUGAUUCAACGGUGGAUGAUGGCAACAACAAUUACAUUAGGACAUUUAUUAAGGGCAACCAUUAUCCCUACGGCCGCGAUUUCCCUGAUCACAUUCCUACGGGAAGGUUUUCUAAUGGCAAACUUGUUUCGGACUUCAUUGCAUCCGCGCUACGAAUCAAAGAAAAUAUUGUACCUGCUUUCCUUGAUCCAAAUCUUUCUGAUGAAGAACUUCGUACCGGUGUUAGCUUUGCUUCAGCUGGAGCGGGCUAUGACGACUUGACUACAGUUGCAUCUGGUGCCAUCUCAAUGUCCAAGCAAAUUGAGUACUUCAAGAAAUAUUUAGUGAGGCUUAAGGGCAUUGUAGGGGAAGCAGAUGCUAAGAAGAUAGUUAAUGGUUCCCUUUUUCUUAUUAGUGCAGGCGCUAAUGACUUUAUUUUCAACUUCUAUGACCUACCCACAAGGAGGUUACAGUUCAACAUUAGUGGGUACCAUGAAUUUCUACAGAAUAGGAUACAAAUUUUCAUCGAGGAUUUAUACAAUCUGGGGUGCAGGAAACUGUGUAUAACUGGGCUUCCUCCAAUCGGCUGCCUCCCCAUUCAAAUGACUGCAAAAUUUGAGAAUCCGAAGGAUAGAAAAUGUCUAGAGGAUGAGAAUUUAGAUGCUGAAAAUUAUAAUCAAAAGCUUGCAAAGCUGUUACCUCAAGUCCAAGCAUACCUUCCAGGCAGCAAGAUUGUCUAUGCAGAUGUGUACGAGCCUUUGAUCCACAUGACUAAUCAUCCUGAAAAAUAUGGAUUGGUGGAAACAAAAAGAGGAUGUUGUGGAACUGGGUUGAUUGAAGUGGGGCCCUUAUGUACUCCAAUCACACCGAUAUGUAAGAAGGCUUCAGAGUACUUGUUCUGGGAUAGCAUACAUCCAAGUGAAACUGCAUACCAGUACCUUUCUAAAUACAUAAUGAAGAGGGUCCUUCCCAAGCUAUUGUAUAUCUAAUCAA